UCCCGCGCGCCGUCUGUUUUGAGACGGCGCGUGAAGUCACAGUCACGAGACGGAGUCCUGGCGCUGUGAUUGUUUUGAUCUACUUUGAAAACAAACUGUGACAUGGAGGUCAGCGCUGAGGCCAAGAGGAUCAUGGUGGUAGCUUUGGGGAAGCUGUACAGCUCGCGCACGCAGCGAGGCGGGGUCCGACUCCACCGGAGCCUCCUCCUGACUCUGGUGAUGAAGUCCGCCCGGGACAUUUACCACGCGGCCCAGACGGCGGCUGAGAGUGCGGCGGCUGUUUGUGAACAACAUACGGAGAUGGAGACGUGCGCGGAGCCGAGUGGAGGUCAGGAGCUCCAAAGUCCCAGUUCUGUUGCAGCAGGACGGACUGAGACUUCCCCUCACCUUCUGCCCGGAGACGCUGACUCUCACAGUGGCGCGGACAAGGAGAAUACGUGCCCCUUUGGCCCGGCACAACACACCCGGAAGCGCCGGGGCAAAGCUACAGCCGAACCGGACUUCAUACCCUGUAAAAAGGCUAAACUUGAGUGUGGGAUUUCCCCUCAGCAGCUCCAUGUGAGCUCCGUUUUGGACUAUGUGAAAUGCGGUGAACUGGGAACCCCCAUCCCCCUACAGACGGUCAUCGCGGCGUGUUGAAAAGCCCUUCGUUGGCUUUACGUUUUACACACGUACUGAAAGUGGUCUUGAACUCCUCUCACCGCUUCGAGGUCUGGGUUAGGAUAAAGACCCGGAUGCCCGCCUCGGAAAUCCCACUCAAGACAAGUCUGGGCAUGUUACGAGUCUUGACGGAAGCAGCCGGUCUGUGCCCCUGGCCCAGUCUCAGAGACUUCCAGAUGGAUCAUGGCGGAGCUCCAACAUCCCAACGGGACUGAGCUCUGAGCUGUCUUUGAACUCAUCCGUUCUUCCUCUCAACAAAUCAAAUGAAGUGAUUGUGUUGAUGUCUGCGUGUUGACAUGAAUGUGAUAAAGUGUAAAACAUCUACCUCAGUAUUUAUUAAACUUUUUCUACUUGAAGUUAA